AUGGGCUGUGGGAACAGCAAGGUGCUGCCUGAGGCAUCCAAGAAGAGCUAUGUAAGUGUAGUGCAAUCACUUGUGGCCUUUAGUAAAGCACAUGAUGAUGAUGAGCUCAAGAAGCAGAUGGCGAAGCAAAGAGAUCCAUGGAUUUCCACCAGUGCUAAGAGUCCUCAACCAGCACCAAACAUCCAACAGCAUACACACAGGGAUGGACGAGACCAGGAGAAAGCUGCCAAGUAUAAGGACAAAUUUGAUCCACGUGUAACAGCAAGAUAUGACAUUAAGGCUCUGAUUGGUCGAGGAAGCUUCAGUCGUGUUGUGCGUGUGGAGCACAGAGCGACAUGCCAGCCUUUUGCCAUGAAGAUGAUGGAGGUAGAAGCUCCAGAGGGCCGUGAGGUGUGCGCCUCAGAGCUGGCAGUGCUGCAGCGGGUGAGCCACUCUAAUGUCAUUCAGCUGAUCGAGGUGUUCCAAUUUCCGCGGCGGGUUUACAUGGUGCUGGAACUGGCCACAGGUGGAGAGUUGUUGGAUCGUGUUGUCAGCAGGGGCCACUUCACAGAGAGGGAUGCCACCCAGGCCCUUCGUAUGGUGUUGGCUGGAGUGGGAUAUCUGCACAAACUGGGUAUCACCCACAGAGACUUGAAGCCUGAGAAUCUUCUGUACUACCAUCCCGGUGCAGACUCCAGACUGCUCAUCACUGACUUUGGAUUGGCAACUUUUGGUGGCACAGGAGCAGCUUCUGAGGUUUCAGAUCCUGACAGAAGCAAACGGGGAGAGCAUGGCAGAGCAGACAGGACUUGGUCUCUCAGAACCACCUGUGGAACUCCAGAAUACAUGGCCCCUGAGGUGCUACUGAGGAAGCCCUAUUCCUGUGCGGUGGACAUGUGGGCCCUGGGGGUGAUCGCCUACAUUGUGCUUAGUGGGUGCAUGCCAUUUGAGGACGACAGUCGCACUCGGCUCUACAGAUCCAUUGUGAGAGGAAAAUACAGUUUCAAAGGAGAUCCUUGGCCCUCAGUGUCCAACCUGGCCAAGGACUUUAUCCAGCGCCUGCUGCCGUUGGAUCCAGCCACCCGUUUGACAGCUGACCAAGCCAUCCAUCACCCCUGGGUGGCCACCAUGGCAGCCAGCUCUUCCAUGAGGAACCUCCAUCGAUCUAUUUCCCAGAACCUCAGGCAGCGGACGUCACGCAGCUCCUCCCGGUGCCCAAGCACAACUGUGAGCUCUGGUGACUGCAACAGUGUGGGCCUAGAAAAGCUAACCUUGCUGGAGAAGAAUCAAGAGUAGCUGCAGGGCAGGGCAUCUAGGUUGAGUCUCAGAGAGUCAUACAACAUUCAGCCAGAGGGCUCCAAGAGCAUCGCUGCCAUCCAACUGAAGCAGUGGAUUCAUGGGGCUAAUGAGGGAACCAGCUGCCUCAGCUCACUGUGUAUUGCAGUCAUAAACCUCAGAGUUACAAAUAGGGAGCCAAAGUGCUUGGGACAGGUGUUGUGACAAAAAAAAGUUUCUUCCCUUCUCUGGACUUCAGACAGGAGACCCCCGAAGGCUGAGUUUCAUCCUUCAUUAGUUUCUCAGGGUUAUGUUAAGCUGUUAAUGAAUAUCCUUCAGUUUUGACAUCCAGGCUUAUGAGACAGAACUGUCCACCUACACAAGGCCUCUAGCCCCUGGUUAUUCACAAAGCUCAGUCUAAUGGCUUCAAGGUCUCAUCUGGAUCAUUAUGAGUCACCACAUUACCUGCCUCUUAAGAGGUUCAUUCCAAAAAGGAGAAAUUCAUCAUUUGAGAAAUGGAACCUAAUCUUAGGGAAACGAUGAUGUACAAGUUGAAGAAAAACUUGCUUCCUCUGCUCUGAUCCUUUUCUGUUUUAAAAUAGAAUUUGAACUCCCCUGCACCAAACAGCAGGGAGAUUUACAUUCUUUAAACAUUUUGAGGCAGAAAUAAGCAAAUGCACUGUAGUCUUUUCUUUUGCUGUCAGUCCUCCUACGUGGCACCACCCACAGUCCUGUGUAACCACUGAAAGCACAAGCCAAACAUUUGGUGACAGGCCUCUAUCAAGUUAAAAUGAAGCUCUGGGUUUAAAGAGCUCUCUGCUCUCC